AGGGGAAAAGAACGAUAGGGAGUGAAAGGGGGCACAUAUAACGCUGUCCAUUCUGACUGGAAGGGCCGGAGCUGUGCCUGAGGGUGGAGGCCGGGCGGUAGCCCCUUCACUACCAGAACAAGGCCAGGGGUGUUGAAGAGCGGGUGACGUUCAGGCACUUUGCUAACGGGAAGCGAGAAGAGUAUGAGUGGUAGUGCCAGAGCAGGCGCUUUCUGCUUGAGUCUUUCUCUGCCGCCCGGGGAAUCAGAAGAGCCCGAGAAGGCAUGGAGGACGCUGGGCCUGGUCCUUUCCCUGCCGGUAGAGGGAGUCCCGAGAUGGAAAGUCUAGCUUUCCUCUAAGGAAAAGCGUUUGCAUGGCCGCUUUAUCAAUUUUGCACAUACCAGGGCUAAGACCUGAGUGACUAGAAGCGAGCGACAACUGCCUGGGCACCUCGGGCACUUGGCGGCGGGCUCCGAGCCCGAGCGGCAGAAUUCUCGCGAGAACGGCCGCCGCCAUUUUUCCAUUGAUUGCGGUGGGCUGGGGGAGGGGCUGACGACGAAGGCGGCGGCGGCGGCGGAGCCCUGGGUCGGUGUCUGCGCGCUGGUGUCUGAGGCCCAGGCUGAGGCCUCCGGGGUUGCCGGAGCGCAGGCGGCGGAGAGCAUGAUUGCCGCUGCUAUUCUCUCCUGAGGUAGAGAGCCGCCGCCACCCUCCACCCUCCCCCGGCAGGGCGGAGAGGAGCGGCCGGAGUCUGAGCGAUGGUGCCCGGCGAGGAGAACCAACUGGUCCCGAAAGAGGCUCCACUCGAUCAUACCAGUGACAAGUCUCUUCUUGAUGCUCAUUUUGAGCCAGGAAAGAAGAACUUUCUGCAUUUAACAGAUAAAGAUGGUGAACAACCUCAAAUACUACUGGAGGAUUCCAGUGCUGUGGAUGACAGUGUUCAUGACAGGUUUAUAGGUCCACUUCCAAGAGAAGGUUCUGUGGGCUCUACCAGUGAUUAUGUCAGCCAAAGCUACUCCUAUUCAUCUAUUUUGAAUAAAUCAGAAACUGGAUACGUGGGAUUAGUAAACCAGGCAAUGACUUGCUAUUUGAAUAGCCUUUUGCAAACACUUUUUAUGACUCCUGAAUUUAGGAAUGCAUUAUAUAAGUGGGAAUUUGAAGAAUCUGAAGAAGAUCCAGUGACAAGUAUCCCAUACCAACUUCAAAGGCUUUUUGUUUUGUUACAAACCAGCAAAAAGAGAGCCAUUGAAACCACAGAUGUUACAAGGAGCUUUGGAUGGGAUAGUAGUGAGGCUUGGCAGCAGCAUGAUGUACAAGAACUGUGCAGAGUCAUGUUUGAUGCUUUGGAACAGAAAUGGAAGCAAACAGAACAGGCUGAUCUUAUAAAUGAACUGUAUCAAGGCAAGCUGAAGGACUACGUGAGAUGUCUGGAAUGUGGUUAUGAGGGUUGGAGAAUCGACACAUAUCUUGAUAUUCCAUUGGUCAUCCGACCUUAUGGGUCCAGCCAAGCAUUUGCUAGUGUGGAAGAAGCAUUGCAUGCAUUUAUUCAGCCAGAGAUCCUGGAUGGCCCAAAUCAGUAUUUUUGUGAACGCUGUAAGAAGAAGUGUGAUGCACGAAAGGGCCUUCGGUUUUUGCAUUUCCCUUAUCUGCUGACCUUACAGUUGAAAAGGUUUGAUUUUGAUUAUACAACCAUGCAUAGGAUUAAAUUGAAUGAUCGAAUGACAUUUCCUGAAGAGCUAGAUAUGAGUACAUUUAUUGAUGUUGAAGAUGAGAAAUCUCCUCAGACUGAAAGUUGCACUGACAGUGGAGCAGAAAAUGAAGGUAGUUGCCACAGUGAUCAGAUGAGCAAUGAUUUCUCCAACGAUGAUGGUGUUGAUGAAGGAAUCUGCCUUGAAAGCAAUAGUGGAACUGAAAAGAUUUCAAAACCUGGACUUGAAAAGAAUUCCCUGAUUUAUGAACUCUUCUCUGUUAUGGUUCAUUCGGGAAGUGCUGCUGGUGGUCAUUACUAUGCAUGUAUAAAGUCAUUCAGUGAUGAGCAGUGGUACAGCUUCAAUGAUCAACAUGUCAGCAGGAUAACACAAGAGGACAUUAAGAAAACACAUGGUGGAUCUUCAGGAAGUAGAGGAUAUUAUUCCAGUGCUUUUGCAAGCUCCACGAAUGCAUAUAUGCUGAUAUAUAGACUGAAGGAUCCAGCAAGAAAUGCAAAAUUUCUAGAAGUGGAUGAAUACCCAGAACACAUUAAAAACUUGGUGCAGAAAGAGAGAGAGUUGGAAGAACAAGAAAAGAGGCAACGAGAAAUUGAGCGCAAUACAUGCAAGAUAAAAUUAUUCUGUUUGCAUCCUGUGAAACAAGUAAUGAUGGAAAAUAAAUUAGAGGUUCAUAAGGAUAAGACAUUGAAUGAAGCAGUAGAAAUGGCAUAUAAGAUGAUGGAUUUAGAAGAGGUAAUACCCCUGGAUUGUUGUCGCCUUGUUAAAUAUGACGAGUUUCAUGAUUAUCUAGAACGAUCAUAUGAAGGAGAAGAAGAUACACCAAUGGGACUUCUACUAGGUGGAGUGAAGUCAACAUAUAUGUUUGAUCUGCUUUUAGAGACAAGAAAGCCUGAUCAAGUUUUCCAAUCUUAUAAACCUGGAGAAGUGAUGGUGAAAGUUCAUGUUGUUGAUCUAAAGGCAGAAUCUGUAGCUGCUCCUAUAACUGUUCGUGCUUACUUAAAUCAGACAGUUACAGAGUUCAAACAACUGAUUUCAAAGGCCAUCCAUUUACCUGCUGAAACAAUGAGAAUAGUGCUGGAACGCUGCUAUAAUGAUUUGCGUCUUCUCAGUGUGCCCAGUAAAACCCUGAAAGCUGAAGGUUUUUUUAGAAGUAACAAGGUGUUUGUUGAAAGUUCUGAGACUUUGGAUUACCAGAUGGCCUUUGCAGACUCUCAUUUAUGGAAACUUCUGGAUCGGCAUGCAAAUACAAUCAGAUUAUUUGUUUUGUUACCUGAACAAUCUCCAGGAUCUUAUAACAAAAGGACAACAUACCAUAAAGCUGGAGGUGAUUCUGGUAAUGUGGAUGAUGAUUGUGAAAGAGUCAAAGGACCUGUAGGGAGCCUAAAGUCUGUGGAAGCUAUUCUAGAAGAAAGCACUGAAAAACUCAAAAGCUUGUCACUGCAGCAACAGCAGGAUGGAGAUAAUGGGGACAGCAGCAAAAGUACUGAGACCAGUGACUUUGAAAACAUCGAAUCACCUCUCAAUGAGAGGGACUCUUCAGCAUCAGUGGAUAAUAGAGAACUUGAACAGCAUAUUCAAACUUCUGAUCCAGAAAAUUUUCAGUCUGAAGAACGAUCAGACUCCGAUGUGAAUAAUGACAGGAGUACAAGUUCGGUGGACAGUGAUAUUCUUAGCUCCAGUCAUAGCAGUGAUACUUUGUGCAAUGCAGACAAUGCUCAGAUCCCUUUGGCCAAUGGACUUGACUCUCACAGUAUCACAAGUAGUAGAAGAACUAAAGCAAAUGAAGGGAAAAAAGAGACCUGGGAUACAGCAGAAGAAGACUCUGGAACCGAUAGUGAAUAUGAUGAGAGUGGCAAGAGUAGGGGAGAAAUGCAGUACAUGUAUUUCAAAGCAGAACCAUAUGCUGCAGAUGAAGGUUCUGGGGAAGGACAUAAAUGGUUGAUGGUGCAUGUUGAUAAAAGAAUUACUCUGGCAGCUUUCAAACAACAUUUAGAGCCCUUUGUUGGAGUUUUGUCCUCUCACUUCAAGGUCUUUCGAGUGUAUGCCAGCAAUCAAGAGUUCGAGAGCGUCCGACUGAAUGAGACACUUUCAUCAUUCUCAGAUGAAAAUAAGAUUACAAUUAGACUGGGGAGAGCACUUAAAAAAGGAGAAUACAGAGUUAAAGUGUACCAGCUUUUAGUCAAUGAACAAGAGCCAUGCAAGUUUCUGCUAGAUGCUGUGUUUGCUAAAGGAAUGACUGUACGGCAAUCAAAAGAGGAAUUAAUUCCUCAACUCAGGGAGCAAUGUGGUUUAGAACUCAGUAUUGACAGGUUUCGUCUAAGGAAAAAAACAUGGAAGAAUCCUGGCACUGUCUUUUUGGAUUAUCAUAUUUAUGAAGAAGAUAUUAAUAUUUCCAGCAACUGGGAGGUUUUCCUUGAAGUUCUUGAUGGGGUAGAGAAGAUGAAGUCCAUGUCACAGCUUGCAGUUUUGUCAAGACGGUGGAGGCCUUCAGAGAUGAAGUUGGAUCCCUUCCAGGAGGUUGUGCUGGAAAGCAGUAGUGUUGAUGAAUUGCGAGAGAGGCUUAGUGAAAUCAGUGGGAUUCCUUUGGAAGAUAUUGAAUUUGCUAAGGGUAGAGGAACUUUUCCCUGUGAUAUUUCUGUCCUCGAUAUUCAUCAGGAUUUGGACUGGAAUCCUAAAGUUUCUACCCUGAAUGUUUGGCCUCUUUAUAUCUGUGAUGAUGGUGCCGUCAUAUUUUAUAGGGAUAAAACAGAAGAAUUAAUGGAGUUGACAGAUGAGCAAAGAAACGAACUGAUGAAAAAAGAAAGUAGUCGACUCCAGAAGACUGGACAUCGUGUAACAUACUCACCUCGUAAAGAGAAAGCACUAAAAAUAUACCUGGAUGGAGCACCAAAUAAAGAUCUGACUCAAGACUGACUCUGCUAGUGUAGCAUUUUCCCUGGGGGAGUUUUGGUUUUAAUUAGAUGGUUCACUACUACGGGGUAGUGCCAUUAUGGCGGGACAUGGUUGGGGUAACCCAGUGACACCAGCACUGAUUGGACUGCCCUUCACCAAUCAGAAGCUCAGUGCCCAGUGGGCCACUGUUUUGACUUGGAAUCAUGUUGUGCACUAUAGUCAAAUGUACUGUAAAGUGAAAAGGGAUGUGCAAAGAAAUAAAAAAACAAAAAGCAAAACCUGCUACUAGAAAAGGGGGAAGGGGAAUGAGUAAACUUCUUUUAUUGCGGACAAAUGUGCACAUAGCUGCUAGUAAAACUAGCUUUCAAACAGGAUGCUCAUAGCUUAAUAAUAAAAGCUGUGCAAAGGCCAUGAAUGAAUGAAUUUUCUGUUUAUUUCACUGAUACACACAUUACCUCAUUGACAAUUCAGAAGUAAAUGCAACAUAUGUUGACUCUUGGAAAGCAGCAAAAAUAGGAGCUGAAGAAAGAAAUUCUUAGAACCAGCCGUAACCCAGUAAAGAAUUGUGAAAUUGUCUUUUUAUUUUGUUUCAUUUUUUGCAAAGUAUUAAGAACAUUAUUCUGGAACAUCAGAAGUUUCCCUUAGACCACUUCCCGCAGGUGGCAGCUCAGAUUGCUGCAGUAUUGUAAUUAUAACUGAUUGUACUUAAGUUGUGGAUGUAGAGAAUAUGUUUCACUCGUUUAUUCAGCAUGUAAAUAAAAUUGAUCCUGUUGAGUUAUCAUAA